AUGUCAGUUAGUUACGUUUCAAGCGUCGCUGAGAUCACAGAAGCCAACAUGAAGUUCGCCGUCGUCGUAGUCCUGUUCGCUUUCGCCUGGGGUGUCAACAGUUCUGUGGUUCCCCUGCUCACCUCCGUCCAUGGCGGAGCAGUGGUGGUUGGAGCCCCCGCCGUUGCCGGUUCGGUGGCCAUCCAGGCCUCCGCUGUGCCUGCUGCUGCUGCUGUGCCCCUUGCCCUGUCCCCUGCCGGUCCCGUUCUCAUUCAGUCUGGCCCUGCCGUGAUUGCUGCUCCUGCUCCCGCUGUGGUGGCUGCCCAUGCUCCUGCCGUGGUCGCCGUGGCCGCUCCUGAGGCCAGCUAUGUGGCCAAGACCCGCGGUGCCGUCCAUGUGGCUCCUCUGCCCGGCCAUGUGCAGUCCGCUGCCUCUGUGAACCUGGAGCCAGCACCAGGCACCUGGUAAAGACCUGGAAAGCAUCAAUGGAAUAACGAUAUUGACCGCCAUACCACCACUCGCAAGCAUGAAUCUUUGGAUUUUCCCUCCUGAGUUUGGUGAGAUCCUGAUCUAGGGAUCUCCUUUGUUCAGCUAUCUAAGUCAAUACUAUCCAGUCUAUAUAUAUUUCCGCUGUAUACUCUCUGGUCUUUAUAUUUAUCCGCCCCGCCCCCUCUUACCUACUGUUGUCAUCAUCUGGAAAUUUGUUUCUUUUUGAAUAAAAAACAAAAAAUGUUAUUAAAACAAAA